UGUAUCCUGGGUUUCCGGACUGGGCUGGCAGUGAAGAUAAAAACUGCCUGGAAGGUUCCAGGAGCCACUGGCCUGAGCUUAAAGCCCCAGACUCCAGUUACCCCGAGGUAGUUGUCCUUGGAUCCAGUGGCACCCUCUUGACAUGAGCGCUGCUGUGAUGUUUAGAAGCCUCCGGCCUAGCCCUGAGUUGCUGCUUCUGGUCCUGUUGUUUCUGCCAGCUGUGGUUGCUGUCACCAGCGCUAGUCCUGAAGAAAGCGAUGGCGAUCUUAGUUGUGUGUGUGUGAAGACCAUCUCCUCUGGGAUCCAUCCCAAGCACAUCACCAGCCUGGAGGUGAUCAAGGCAGGACGCCACUGUGCGGUUCCCCAGCUCCUAGCCACCCUGAAGAAUGGGAGGAAAGUUUGCCUGGACCGGCAAGCACCCCUAUAUAAGAAAGUAAUCAGGAAAAUCCUGGAGAGUUAGGUACCAGCUGCCUUAAAUGUGCAAUGUGUUACAUGGGAUUUUUGGAAUCUUGUUGACUUUUAAUGUAACUGCAGUCUUCCGAUGUUUAUAUUAUCCUUUGAGAUUUAAAUAAAUGCAUUGAACCAA